ACGGAUAUAAGGUCCCAAUAAAAAGAUCGAGACGCUCUAUAAAAAUUCUCCUUACGCGGGAAUCGAACUCGAGUCUCCUACGUGUGACAAGGGAUAAACCGCAACGUAACCACUGACGCUUGUCAGCAUUAUCUCAAUAGUGUUUUGGGGGUGUUCAACAUAAACCAUUACAUUUAUGUAUUGUUUUAAGAUACCAUAGUUGAAAUUGUGGUCUUUAAAUAAGAUUGUUGGUUCCAUUGCAAACUUCUCACCGCAGGAUAUUAUGUUCUUUGGAAAGGUAUUGUUCUGCACUGUUCUCAGUUUUCACAGCCUCAAAUUUGUACACUUUUGGAUUUGACUUUUGGAUUUAGGGGGAUCAUUUUCAAAUGUUAUGAUAGCGUCUUGCCAUUGAACAGGCUGCCAUAGUCUACAGUUUCGCACAUGGUGCAUUAAGACAAUACACAGAUACUCCAUCUCUUGUGAAGACGUCUGUUACUGUGAAUCUAAACGUUCCUGAAUAAAACUAUCCCGUAACCUUGAACUUUACUACUCUGACGACCUUCCAAAUGUAACAAAGUUGCUGUAAGCUUCUAUUGACACGUACAGACAGAUAUCGGGUCACAAAUCCGAGAGGACGAUAAUGUUAUAACGCAUUCCCUGUUCAUCGAAGCAUGUGUACAUGUCAGGAGUCAGCUCUCAACAAAAACGAAGCAAAAACCCAAACGCAACAAAACAAAACAAAACAAAACAAAACAGAACAAUCCCCACCCUAACACGCUCAAAAUUGUAGUCGAAAGCUGCUAAACGUGUAUUCACUAUUAUACACAUCUAUGACGUAGCCUUCUCGCUACGGCGUCAUAUCACUCAAGUGUACCGAGAUAAUAAUGUUUCCUUGCGACCUGUAAAGGAUUUGAGGUCAGAGGGCGCCAGUGGAAUCGUUAGAGACGCCUAGUGAUGUCAGCUUAUCUGGGACCUAAUCUGUUUAAUAAAACUACGUGAAGGAGAUUAAUAGAAAAGCGAAAGAAAAGACAUAACAGUUUGAAGAGGGGGUAAAUGAGCUGUUGUGUACAAAUCGUAUAGUAGUGCCGUCUGCCUUAUCUGGUCGCUGGAAUAGCCAGGACGUCUCCCCACGGUGUCUCUUGGCUCCACGGACAAAUUUAGAUGGAGAUAAUGAAUGAAGACCCUUUUUCAGCCAAUCGCUGUGCUCUGUUUAGUGUUCAGGGUAUGGGAAGUUAAUAGGAAAUCUUUACCUGUGAAUGCUAAAAGAGGUCUCCGCGGCGUCUCCGCACCCAGGAAUAGCAGACAUUGUUUUUGUUUGAACAGUGAGACAUCUUUGAUUUGAGGAGGAGACAAAAGCCUGGCUUGAAGCUGAAAUGUGUUUUGGAAACUGCCAUAAAGCGUAUGUUGUUUACGAUACUAUUCAAGACAUCCGAAAGCGUCCCCAUCCCUUCAGAUAGGCCUGUGGAGUGCGUGUAUUUAAGCCUUCGUCAAAAAUUCUUCUCGAUUCUUGCCGAGCCUACAGGCUGUCUUCAGGUUGAGAACACCUGAAUAAGUCUUUAAGUUUUCUUCGAAAUCUUGGGGAUAAAUGAAUUACAGUCUGCAGACAAGUCCAGUGAUGCCGCUGUACAUCUCCUCUGUGCUCCUGGGCCUGCAGGUUCUCAACGGCGUCUUGGCCGGCUUUCACAUACCACCUGGCGCACAGGACACGACCCCCAGACUGACCAGCAGACUGACCACACAGUCCCCCACGCCUGGCAGUCAACAGUUCACACUCCCGCCCGGGGCCUCCCUGGACUUCAAGCGACUCACACCGCGCAAGAAACAUCUCAAGCCUAAAAGACUGAUGCGGCGAAUGGGAAAAGACUUUGACAACUUCUGGAUGUCAGCGGAGAUGCCGGAGAGCCUUCUAGAAACCUACGUCAAACGUCGAAUCGACACAUCUCUCCACCAGGACAUGAAAUCUCUGAACUGGGACGCCUUACAGAGAGAGGUCGAGAGCCUUGCAAGAGAUGACAACAUCAACGAUACUUCCACCGUCAGAAAUGACACAUCGGGAGAGAAUAGUGACAGUGUGUUGAAUUCUCUGAACAGUGAUGUUCUCAAUGCUGUGCAGUCCUGGCUCACGCGCCAAGCUUCCUGUCCCGUGUACUUCAAAUGGGAAGAUCUCGGCCUGCUCUUCUGGCCAAGAUGGGUCAGACGAGGAAUGUGUGGCGAGGAAGCCAACUCAAUGUCGUCGUCGACAUCAUCAUCGUCGUCAUCGUCGUCGUCGGGAUCGGCGUCAGAGAAGAGCGUAUCCUGCUCGUGGCCCCCUGGUAUGCACUGUGUUCCCGCCAGGUCGAAAAAACUCAAAAUUCUUCGCUGGCAGUGUCGGAAUCAGAAAGCUCUGGAUAACUUCAACCGUUUCAAACUCAGCGGAAGUGCUAAGACUGCCCGGGCCAUGCGCGCCAAAGGUCGUCGAGGAUGGAAAAAACACGUCCGAAGAAGUCAGAGAAGUGAGACGGAAUCUCAUGUUUCAGAUGACUUUCGGUUUCCGAAACGAGUGGGACGUCGCCGUAUUUUGUGGACGUCUUCUGAAGGAGACAAUCUUAGCACUGAUGACGUCACAGUCGACGAUUCAGACGAGGAAAGCGAUAUUACUUCAGAAAUGGAUAGUUUUGAAGAUGAAAAUCCGGAAGAAGAUGAAUUAGACCUUGAAAAUGUUUACGACGGAACUGAUUAUCCUAAAAGAUAUAUGAACAAUAAUGUGAAGGACAUUCAUGGUUCUGACCCUGAAGACAUUAAUAAAAACAAUUAUUUACACCUCUCUCAUAGACUAAGGCGUCGCGCAAAGAUGCCAAGAGAGAAAUUGAACAGUCUGCCCCAAAAGGGGUCUUUAGGUGCGCUGCGUUUAAAAUGCAAAUGGAUAAAGAUUCCGUAUCCUGUAACUGACGACUGCUACUGCUCGUGUUGAGAGUGUUUGUUGUCACUUGUGUUACAGAAUGACGUCAUUACCUGUACUUCUUCUUUUUUGUAGGUGCAUAGAAAUAACAUGUUUGUUUUGUUAUGUUUUCCAUUGUCUGCUUUUUAAAAAAAACAUGUUCCAGACGUUAUAUUUCCACACUUCUGUAAAUUUUGCCUCAGAGCUUUGUAACCUCAUUUUGUUAAUAAUAAUAAUUGCUAUUUUGUUAUGAAUGUGUUCUCCUUCAUCAGCUGUUUUGCAUGUUUCAAAAGUUAUAUUUCAAUUGUUUUUAAUGUGUAUAUUUUGCCAUGGAGCUUUUAUAACCUCACUGUUACCUUCCACCUGUCUGCAGUGCAGCCUCGGUCGCACAGAAUGGAGUAGUGAAAUAUGUCAGUAUAGUGCGUAAAAUUUUAACCAAAUGUCUUCGCAUUUUUUUUCUUAAACAAGCUUCUUUUUUGUUCUGUUUUGUUAAUGAUACAUAGUCAAAAUCGAGAGACAUUUUUUGCUUAAAAUGCACAGUAGACCUGGGAAAAGGAGAUGUGAUUAUUUUUUUCCCCAUUGGAAAUUUCUUCAUGGGGUUACUGAAUCAUUAAGUGGCGUUAAUUAUCAAACUCUGGUCCUGUUCUUCCAGAAACUUCUAUAAUUCCAUUGUCUCAAAUACUACAGAGUAGCAUUAGUUCUUUGGACAAAUAUGUGAAAUAGUCAAAACGCCUUGGCCGUUUUGUCCGGUCUUUUGCCCCAUAGGCACAGACAGGAUCCUAUCAGGGUCGAUAGUGAGAAAAGGGGAAGGAUGACUGCAAGACGAGUCUCUGUUUAAUAAUUUAUACCCAGUUUAUCUUUCGCAUUGUGUUUCAUUUCAACAAGUUAACUCUCAAUGUUUAGCUUACAAACGUAUGCUUUACUUGUACAUUUUUAUCAUGUUAAAUUCGCGGGUGUGGUCGGUGAAUCAAGCUAUAGCUUGCUUUACAAAAAGGCUAAAGUCGGAUGUGUCAUAUCGCCUGAAGUUAUUCAAAUGUUAUAAAGUCGUUUCAUUGAAGUGGGAAAAUCCAAAACUUCAAGAGGCGCUUCUUAUUUUUAUGUGUGGUUAAUACUGUCCUAGGGCAACCCAUUUAUUUUUAUCUCUUCACCUGCGCUAGUUGAUGGCACCUUUAUCCCUUGGUCGUGUCCCCCAGGAACCGAAGUUGGGUGGAAUCAUCGUUUCAGCGCUAUGCAAAUGGUUUUGAUAACCUUUCCAAGAGUGAGUGCUUGCCAAUAUUUUUGCAUUCAUUCAUUCAUUCUGACCCCCACCCAUUUUCGUUCAAUCGCGUAAUGACGGUUGAGUGGGUGGUUUUUAAUGUGGUUUUUUUCCCGGUUGAUAUUUGGUUUUGGUUUUGUUUUUGUAUUUUGUCUUCUCGCAAGUCUAGCUACGUUCAGUGAGACAUUCUGAGCUGCUCAAGAUAUAUAUAGAUUAAUAGAAAAAAACAACACAACAAGAACGUAAGACCUGACUUUUCGUCCUUUUCCCCUUCAAAGUCAGAAAGCCAAAAACCCUACAAUAUGUGGGCCCACUACUGAAGUAGACUUUAUUAUUAUUAGUGAGUAAUAAGCCUUUAGAAAUCCGCUAAAACAAAAUGCAUGUAAGGACAAGUUGCAGCAGGACUGCCAGUUGCGUGGGGCUAAAAAAAUCUUGAGGCGCCACGAUCUUGUUAGAUGUUUUAGAAAGAAUCUGUUUUAACCCUAUCCGUGCGCCCUGUGGUCAUUGUGUACCCCUGGUGCUGUAUUCUUCACAUUUGAGAAUACUUCUAGUGCGAAGAUCUCUUUGAAACUGUCUGUGUUUCUCAAAAAAUCGUUUUGACAGGCUGCUAUGCAAAGCGUACGGAUCGGAUUAACGAGUAAAUUUCCUCUUUGAAAAGUGGUGGCACAGAGUUCCCACGUCGUAUGGAUACGAUAGUAAAACACGAGGUACGGUUAAUUUAUUGUUUUAUUAAAGAUUCCAUGAGCUCGUUUCUAAGCGUCAACAAAUCUUUGUUUUAGUCGUAUUUCUAAAAAGUGAUAUUUUUAAAAUCUGAAAUUAAAGGAACGUAAACGACGUCUGGGGAGCAGUGGUUAGGCGGUACACCGUUGCGCGAAGGAGAUAUGAGUUCAAUUCCAGUGUUCGGAGAAUUUCAUCGAGUAUAUCUCGGUCUUUCUGUUCUGACUCUAUCCCUCUUAGCCCAUACUGGCCAGACAGGCAAGGUCGAAACCCUCCUCCUGAAUCAUCUAUAUAGAUGUCGAUGGAGCUGUUUCUUUAUUUGCGACUAAUCAUUUUUU